GUCGUCUUUUCCAACAACUUACGGCCGAGACUCGCAACUUUCCUCCACACCGACACCUCUCCUUCUCACAUAUCCUUGCAUCUGACCCGGGGUCACCUCACCGUAUCCCACUGGCUGCAACAUCGCUCUGUCGGUCCCCGUCCUUGAGUCUGUUGCUUCCCUCCACUUACUUCAACCCUGGACAAACAACGCCAAGGCGGCGCAGGUGACAGUAUGUGGUGCAGUGUACCGACUGUUCUCUUGGUGUUGUUGUCGAUGCGGGCAUGGAUCGACGGCGUUGAAGCCUUCUCUUGGGGUGGCGUCCAAACGAGAGCAGAACCCCCCAGGUCUCUCGAAGAGCAUUUGGUGAACCCAUCGGUUAUGGUUCACGACGCAUCACGCUUGCCGAAUGUCUAUGCUGUCGCCAUGCAGGAGCUCCAAGAACUCGAAUCUGAGCCUCUCUGCCAUCGAAUCGCUGCCCGGCUCCUGGUCAACAACUGCCAGCUGCUGGAAGGCAAAGAUGACGCCACCGUCCUAACCGAUAGCGGCAGACAAAUCCGCGACUUCGUGGACUCUUAUGCCGCCAGUCUUGCUAUCUGUGAUCUGGAAAGAGGCAGUUUUGUCAUCCCGUCUGGUUGUGCACCGUUCAGAGAACUUGCUCUGGCUAAUCUGCCGGCCUCAAAGGUUGCUCAGCUUCACGUCUCAACUCGGCAAAUAGACUCGUGUCUCUCGGGCUUAGCCAAGUCCGACUCUGCGUGGAAUACGUGGGUGAGUUACCGUCAUAAAGCUCUCAGGUUCUGCGAAGCUGCUCGCGCAGACAACGACAAAGCCCAGAGCAUUCGUCUGUAUCAACGUCUCACAGAAGUACUCUCCAAACUCUCCGAGGGAGUUGAACAAGAGCUUGAAGCCCACUUACACGCGAUCAACUUGAGAACAGCCGAGACUACAGAGCAGCUUCGCCAAAUGAGCCCAGACAUCGAUCAGUUGCGAAACAGCUUACAAGAUCUGGACAGAUUCGUUUCUGGGGACGUGAUGCAGAUGGCGCAGGCAUCAAAUUCCGCGAUGCGAGGCGGUCUCGAGGAUGCCCAGAACCUGCAACAGCUUCUGACGGUGCUCCUCAAAACGGUCCUUAGCAGCAAUGCCGAGGUUGCAGCAUCACAUGAGCUGGCACUAACAAACUUCAAAGAUCGAACUGGUAGCGAGGUCGCUGUCGUCAUGGCUGCGCUCGCAACAGCUGUAGCAUCGUCUGCAUCUCUUCAUGAUCAGCUGGAGCUAUCACAUCUUCGAGCGGUUGAAAUAGCUGAUCGGCAAGAUCAUCUUGAGAAGGGAUUGGAAAGACUUUUAGACAUUACCGACGACAUUUCCUCGAAAUACGACUCACACUCUGAGAAACUUUCACACGUGAACCAGAUAUCAGAAGACCUGCUGGAUACACUAGACGAUAUGGCCACAUCGACAUCGGAAGUUCGAGGAUCUUUCACGCAACGACCGAGUUGGACGAGCUGGGUGCCGUAUGUGGCGUGCCCGGCCGCAUCUUUGCUCAUGGGAUCUUAUGGUCUUCCGCCAUCGGCAGUGCGGAACCUGGGACUCAUUGCGCUCGGCGAACUUGCUGGCUUCGUUGUAUCUUAUGCCAGAUAUCUUACGCCUGGUAUCCUUGAGGCCAAUCACCAUACGUCCCCGAUAAUUGGCGCCAUGAACAAAACCUUCAUCUCCACGGCGGACCCCAAAGAUCUUUUCAGAGACCUGCCGCUAGAUAUUCGCAACAUCCGAGGAUCGAGGACGACUUGAGGGGUGCUGAAUGAGAGCGACAUUUGACAUACAUCUCCACAUCGAAACACCUACAAAGUUUAUAACAUCUGGGCAGGGCGAAAUUGUUUCUGGCGUUUGCGAUUUUAUCUUUUACCGUCCUCUUUGCUUUUCGUUGAUUUUUCGGGACGAGUCACUUGACCAUGGACGUUGCAAGCGGUGGAUAUUAGUACUGGGAAAAGGGUUGCCUCUGACAUCAUUUCUCGCAUAUGGACUUAGCAAAUCGCCUAUUCGG